CCUAACUCUCCAUGUUGGACGUUUUAAGUAGCUUUAAUUUACAUUUAUAAUGCCGCUUUAUUACCUUUUUAGUAUGUGUAUGUGCGUGCGGUACAGUAAAACACAUCUUUUCGCGAUUAUCAAGCAAUGUGAGUUACCAAAAACGAAACAGUCCUACUGACUUCAAACGAAAGGCGCCCUUUUAUUGUAUUUAUCGAUGCCUCGCUACCGAAUUCGACUCCUGUCACCAGUGCCAGAAUUGCAUCGGUUAACGCUUUGUCAAGCGCAAUGCUACGGAUCCAGCACGCAAAGAGGAGUAACGAGUGAUCGUACCUUUAUUGUCUCUGGGCAACCCAUGAUCUCUCGCAAGUGUCCGUAUUAUCGUUAUGCCGUAGCUGCAGGCAUUUGUCGAUAGUAUCAGAGGCGAAUUUAUCUUUUCAACAUUCUCUUAAUCAUUAAUAAUUGGCCUGGGUUUGUCCCUGAUUCACCGUAGAUUAUUUACGGGAUCAUGUACCGCAUUGAGGAUUGUGAAUAGCGGUGAAUGGCAGAAGCGCCCCCAGUCAUCGUCCAACCGGAUGCUGCAUCUGAGACAGCGCUGGAUGCUAAUCACGGCACUGCGACUAAUGCAUCGGAGAGCGCUGUAACCGUGCAACCAGCUGCCAGCCACGACGGUCCUUCGGACAAUGCGGCCGAGGGUGCACGCGGAGGCGGUCAAGAUGCGGCGGCGACCAGUGAAGGCGACGCCACAGAAGGCGAAGCUGGAGCGGAGCAGGCGACGGCGCAGACCAAGAAAAAAAAAUCCGAACCACGGAUAAUUGUGCCCUUCAACGCUGAGGAAAUGGAUGAGCUAAUUAAGCAGGCCUUUACACUGGUGGAAAAGGAGUGCGAGAAGGAGGAGUACGACAAUGGGCGGGUGAAAGUGUGGCGUUCGCUGGUGGAGGAUUAUCUCGUGCGGAAGGUCAUGGGCCUGGAACGGCCCUUUAAGUACUGCUUCUACGUAUCGGUCAUGCAGAACAGCGGUGACGGCGGUAAUGUCGUGCUGGGCGGCUAUUGUCAGCCGGAUGUGGACGGCUUCACGUCAGGCCACUGGGAGAACGAGUCGGUGCUCGUGGAUGUGGUGGUGGUAGCGUUUUCCGUGCAGUGAAUUGGAAGUUGCGCAUGGGCGUGCAUCCGCCGUUCAACAACGGAUCGGCAGUCUGAAAAGUGCCGCUCCAAAAAAAAUGCACAGUGGAAUGAGUGGAUCGAACGCGUAAGUGGAACAUACAGAAUUAUUUGGCGGUAAAAGAAGUUAUACGCACCAUGGAAGGCAGAAUAGAAUUUUGAUAACUGCAACAUCUUCAAUGGUGGAAUCAAAUUUCUCUCUCCGAAACUAAAUUUUUAUGUACGGUAAUUGGUACCUAUUUGCAGUAAACUAUUUCUGAUGUUCAUAAGGCCAACAGUUAUGACUUACUCAGCCGUCCAUAAAUUUGGUUCAAAUAAUAGCCAUCGCAACAUGCUUUUACAAGAAUUGCUAUUAUUUUUUCGUUUAUUUCUAUCCUUUGUAAUUAACUGCUAAUUAAAAAGAAUGUGGAGCUAUUUUUUAAAAUGUGAGUAUCCAAGUUGUAAUGAGUGGGAUAGUGCAAGCCUGGAUAAUGGACCUUACUUGUUAGUUGCUAUUUUGUACUGUAUUUUAAGAUAGAGCGAUGGAAUAUCACGUGCGGAGAGAGUCAA